GCAGACAAGCGACACAGUGCGUCUCUUCUCAGCCAGCCUCCCUCCGCUCGCCCAGGCCUCCUCCGCCGGCCGCUGUUCCCUGACUCGACGGCCUAGGGUUUGGGGUGACCGUGCUCCUCGCCGCCGGUGACCCCGCUGGGCGAGCGUCCAUGCCAGUAGAAUAGAGGGAAGGGUAGUGUCGUCAUUUUUCCAUGGCCUAAACAGUGUAAAGAGGGUUAAAUAUCGAAAGACUUGAAUAUUGAAAUUUCUCCACCUGGUCCUGAAGACGACAGGGAAGCGGUCAUGGCGGCGGCGGAGAACAAGAGGCCCAGGCUCAGCAGUCGAGCAGAGAAGAAGCCAAGUAGGAAGGAGAUUUUGGAAAGGAAGAAGGCGACCGAUGAACUUAUAAGAAAAGCUGUAGCUGUGAAGGACCAUCUAGCUCAAUUCUCAGACUUCCAUAAAUAUCAGAGAAAUGGUCUUUCAGUGUACCUAGAGUCUGGACGUGGUCAUCAACUCACAUUACCAAUGAGGAAGUACAUCCAAAAUCUUCUUAAGGUUAACAUGGAGGAAGCCUAUGGAGCAGAAUGGCCUUCACAAGAGAAAGUUAAGCGCCGGGAGAUGGUGGUCCCAGAAGCACGAUAUAUCUUUGUGAAGCAAUAUUCUAAUGGUUUUAUUACUGAAAAAUCCAUGAAGGAAGGCACGGAGGUGGAACAUAUGCAUGCGGCAUGUACUGAAAGCUGCUUGCUUGGUUUUGUACACUAUAGAUUUGUUGUGGAAGAGGAGUUGCCUGUUCUCUAUGUGUAUGAGCUACAAAUGGAGCCUUCUGCCCAGGGUAAGGGGCUGGGGAAGUUCAUGAUGCAGUUGAUUGAACAGAUAGCUUGCAAGAACCAAAUGGGAGCUGUGAUGCUAACAGUUCAGAAAGCUAACACUCAAGCAAUUGCUUUCUAUACCAAGUUGAGAUAUGUGAUAUCUAGUACCUCACCAUCGCGAGUCGAUCCUCAGAUAGGGCUUGAUAAAAGCUAUGAGAUUUUGUGCAAGACAUUUGACUCUGAAGCUAAGUCAAAACUAGAGGUGCCCAGCUCAUGCUCUUCUUUCUAAACAUCUGCAGGAUGGUGAUUAUUAAGAGUUUAGAAUGUGUGAUGGACCGUGGGCCUUUUAGCCUGAUCUGUAGUUCUGCGACAAGAUCCUUGUCACUGUGAUUUAUUAUUGGCGCGCUUGUCCAACUUCCAUUCUAUUUGUUUGUAGCUUAUUUUGGAAUUGACACAUUUGUUCUAGUGACUAAUGUGCUGGAUGCUUAUAAAACUUAAAAGUUAACAACUCUGCUCCUCUUUUUUUA